ACCUGUCCUGCAUUCAGGGUUACAGCAUCUGUCAUGAGGGCUCUGGUGAACGUGGUGUCCCUGCUCUUCCUGGGCAUCCAGGUCCACAGUGAGUGGAGCUACACAGGGCUUGAUGGCCCGGCAGAAAGUCAGUGGUCUGAGAAGUACCCUACCUGCGGCGGGCAAAGGCAGUCGCCCAUCGACGUGAAGAGGAGGAAGGUGUGGUUCAAUGACUCCUUGAGGCCCCUGCACAUGAUCAACUAUGAGCAGGAGGGGCUGGAGCUCUCUAUGACUAACAACGGACACACAGUACAGAUCACCUUGCCGCACUCCAUGUACUUCAUGGACUCUGAUGGCAACAGGUACAUCGCAGAGCAGAUGCACUUUCACUGGGGCGGUAAGGACUCGGAAGUCAGCGGCUCCGAACACACCUUUGAUGGGACCAGGCAUAUGAUGGAGAUUCACCUUGUUCACUUCAAUGAGAUAUAUGAGACUUUUGAGAAAGCCAAGGACCAAGAAGAUGGCUUGGCUGUGAUAGCGGUCUUGGUUAAGGUUGAUGAGUAUGCCGAAAACACUUACUACAGCACCUUCAUUUCCGAGAUGAGCAACGUCAAGCAUCCAGGAGAAACCACAACUCUGAAAAAUGUGAACAUUCGGAACAUGUUGCCUGAAGACAUCAGCCACUAUUUCUUCUACCAAGGCUCGCUCACCACUCCCCCCUGCACAGAGAAUGUCCGGUGGUUUGUGUUUCGUGAUUUAGUCACUCUCUCCAAGGUCCAGGCUGUGAACAUAGAAAAUUCUGUUAUGGAUCACCACAAUGAGACCAUUCAAAAUGGUUACCGCACUACGCAGCCCCUCAACAACAGAGUAGUGGAAGCCAAUUUCCCAUACCUCUCGGAUGAAAACUGUAAGUACCACUGUUACACAAAUGACAAGCAGAAGAUUCCACACAGUUGGAAAGUGAAGAAAAUAAAGAAGAGAAUCCACAUUUAUUGAGCUGGAAAUGACACACUGGUCCGGAGGGCUCACCCUGCCCCUUUUCUAAGGAAUCCUGGAAUGUGGGUCUCCUUGCUGCCUGCAGAGAGUCUCUGACUAAUCCAGAGGGAGUCCUCACCUGUGAGAGGAAGUGGAGCUACAUCAGCCAGAAGGGAAGGGAUGUGGGUGAGAGGGAAAAGACUUGGACAGACAUGCAAAGGAAUCAAGCCUUCCAUUGUCCCCUGUCAAUCAUUCACCUAAAUUUGGGGUCUGCAGAUGCAGCUCAGGAUAGAGAGCUCGUCAUGAUUGGGUUUGAUAAU